GCUUUUGGUAGUAGGCCUAGAAAAGGUUGGUUUAGGAGAAAUAUAAUUAACAUUCAAUACCAAUCGCUAUGGGGCCUCUUGGCUCUGGGACUGCUAUCAAAAGAGUUGCAGUCAUUGGAGCUGGACCUGGCGGGCUUGCUGCGGCCAAAUAUCUCGUGGCGGAGAAGGCAUUCUCCAAAAUCCAAGUCUUCGAGCAACGAGAGAGUGUCGGCGGAGUAUGGAAUCCGGGAACAGACGAGAAUGGGAUGUACCGGGACCUGAUGGUUCCAAAAACAAGGCCCAGUCAAGUGCCAACUCAACCAGUAGUGAAGCAUGGCCCGGAAGGACCUACGGUCAAAUACAUCUCGCCGGUUUAUGAUGACUUGGAUACGAAUAUCCCACAUACGAUCAUGAACUAUUCUGAUUUCCCGUUCCCUAAGGGUAGCUCUUUGUUUCCUCAUCAUACUGCAGUCAGGGAAUAUCUUGAACGCUAUGCCGACGAUAUUCGACCACUCAUCACUCUGGGCACCCAGGUGAUAGACGUGGAGCCUGUUGAUAGUGGCAAGUGGGCAGUCAAGACAAGAGAUAUCAAAACUCAAGAGGAGAAGAAUUCGACUUUUGACGGGGUCGUCGUUGCCAACGGACACUACGACGAUCCGUACAUACCAGAUAUUGCAGGUAUCAGAGAGUGGAAUUCGGCUUAUCCAAAAGCAAUAACUCACUCCAAGUUCUACAGGAGACCCGAGGAAUAUAAGUCAAAGAAAGUAGUCGUCGUCGGCAACAACGCAUCUGGAGUUGACAUAUCCGCCCAGAUAUCAACAACAUCAGAACUCCCCCUUUACAUCUCCGUGAAAGCGGACUGGCCACUAACACCCACCAGCGAUCCUACCACCACCAUCCUACCUGAAAUCUCAGAAUUCAUCAUCCAGGAUCGCGCCGUCCGCUUCACCAAUGGCCAUCUCCUCAAGAACGUCGACAAGGUCGUCUUCUGCACCGGCUAUCUCUACUCCUUCCCCUUCCUCAAGCACCUCAAGCCACCCAUCGUCACAACCGGUGAGCGUACAGAAGGUCUCUACCGCCAAAUAUUCUGGCGUCCCAACCCAACCCUAUCCUUCAUCGCGCUCCCCCAACGCAUCGUCCCAUUCCCCAUCUCCGAAAGCCAAGGCGCCGUGAUCGCGCGCGUGCUCUCAGGUCGUCUCUCGCUCCCCUCCUCCUCCGAGAUGCUCUCCUGGGAAAAAUCCCGGAUCGCGCAACACGGCGCCGGGAAAUCCUUCCACAUCCUCGGCUUCCCAGCCGACGCGCAAUACAUCAACGAUCUACACGCCUGGAGUCUCUCCGCGACACGGGAUCCCAAGCUCGAGAACGAUGGCGUCGGCAAGAUCCCGCCGUACUGGGGCGCGAAGGAACAGUGGAUCAGAGAACGGAUUCCCGGUAUCAAGAGCGCGUCCAGAGCCUGGGGCAAGAAUAGACUUCAGAUCACGACGUUGGAGCAGCUCGGAUUUGAUUUUGAGAGCUGGAAGAUGGAGGGUAGGAGUGCUGAUUGAUGCUUUUUGAUCUGAGGCUUUGGAUGCAUCAUGGUCUUAAGGUACCCUUGCAGCUUCAUUCUUCGUUUUACUACCUCUCUUCACUACUAUAUAUACAUGAAGACACGAUCAUGGUUAGAAUUCUACACUACAGGGUUUGAAGACUAGAUAUUUGUUUAAGAACGUAUAUAGGAGACGAACGGAUAGAAGCAAUUUUAUUACUUCCUGUUAGUAAUAAAUCUUGUGAAUCAAGAUGGGC